CGCCAAAUCGUUGUUUGCCAACCGCCAAUACACCUCAUUGAAGAAGAAAAAUAAAGAACUGAAAAUUGACAGCUUGCUGUUUCAGGUUUUUGCCUUUUAAGUGUUUUGUUGAUCGGUUUAAGUUGCUAAUGUUGCGAUUUAGCCAGCUAGACGGAGCAUGACCUUAUGUCAAAUAAGGCGUAACCAGGACAACAAUGCUGCAGAUGGGAGAUGAAGUCACCCUGUACUCGGUCGUCUUUGUGGUCGUCCUGCUGGGGACCCGGAGCCCGAUUUGGACAACCGUCCUCACCGUCUCCCUCUACCUCUUUCUGGCCCUGUUCCGGUUCCCCCAGGUACCGACUAGCCGAGCCCGGCAGGUGCUGCACCCAGCCAAAGGCGUGUCGGAGGUCGCUCACCGGGGCGGUGGGCACGACGCACCGGAGAACACGAUAGUCGCUAUUCGGGAGGCCAGUAAGAAUGGGGCGACAGGCGUGGAGUUGGAUCUGGAGUUCUCAGCAGACGGCGUUCCGAUACUGAUGCACGAUGAGACUGUGGACCGGACCACUAACGGUUUGGGUCCACUCAGUCAGAUGACACUGUCCGAUCUGGGGAGACUGGAUGCAGCUGCUAAACAUCGACUCAAGGACAAGUUUGCUGGAGAGAAGAUCCCAACUCUUGACGAGGCGGUGGAGGAAUGUAUUAAGCUGCAGCUCACCAUCUAUUUUGAUGUCAAAGGUCAUCCAGAUGAGGCAGCUGUAGCCCUCAAAGAAUUGUAUAAAAAACACCCAGUCCUCUACAACAGCAGCAUUGUCUGCUCUUUCGAGCCCAGAGUUAUCUACAAGAUGAGGCAGAGUGACCCAGAAGUCGUCACAGCAUUGACCCACCGCCCAUGGAGCCUGAGUCGGUUAGGAGAUGGCUCCCCACGUUUCUCAUCGCUAUGGAAACACAAUUGGAUGACACUAAUGGACAUAGUGUUUGACUGGGCGCACCAUCACGUGCUGUGGAAGCUGUGCGGCAUCUCAGCCUUCCUUAUCCAGAAGAACUUUGUCUCAGUGGACUAUGUGCAGUACUGGGCCCAGAGGGGGGUGGAAGUGGUAGCCUGGACAGUCAACACAAAAGUGGAGAAAGAGUAUUACCAGGAACUGCUGCAAGUCAACUACAUCACAGACAGCCUUGUGGAAGACUGUGAACCCCAUUACUGAGACACACUUGAACCCAGCGCAGGAUGUGUUCCCACAUAUAGUCAAUAAAAAGAUCAAAUCCAUUUCACUGUCUACUUGUCACUCAUAAUGUGGCCUCAGGUAAGAUAACAAAUGGCACUCUUAUUCCCAUGCACUAUGCAUUAUUGCAAAUGUGUGUAUGAUUGUUUGAGCCAAUCAACCUGACCAGACUGGUUUCCAUACUUAAUAACAAGAGGCAAGACACGCCAUGUAUAGACAUUUUGGCAACAAGUGUCUAUAAUAGAUCUUAAUUAGUGUACUGUAUUCACCAACUCAGGACUGCAUUUAUGUUUGUUUUCUUUAUAAUUGUGUCUGUCUUACUGUCUUAGACCUACAACAUAUGUAUAUUGUGUCGUACUGCCUGCUUUUUACUCAGUAAAAGGGAUUAGGUCCAGCAUAAA